GGCCUAGGCUAGGGCACGGGAAAAUGUACACACAACAACAACAAUGAGAGGAAGAGGAACUACGUACGCAGUUGUAGUCCAGAAGUACAGAAGAACUACAAAUCCCAAAAUCCGCAAUGUUUAAAGAUCAAAGUUUUCGGUGAAAGCUGGAAGUUUGGAGACAACCGUACCUUCGUUUAGAAAGGAAACGUUGUGUUCGUGCACACUGUAAUAAUGGCAGAAGUAGCCGAACACCUAGACGUACCCGAAGACGUGGAUACGGACGACUGCAUGACGUCCUACUCGUACAUUUACAGCCCCGAUUUGCUCAAGGACAAGGUGGCCUUUAUAACUGGUGGCGGAUCUGGAAUCGGAUUCCGGACAGCAGAAGUACUAAUGCGGCAUGGGUGUGACACGGCCAUAGGCAGCAGGAAUACGGAAAGGCUUUCUGUGGCUUCCAAGAAGCUGAUGGCCGCCACCGGACGGCUCUGCCUUCCUGUGGUCAUGGAUGUGCGACAGCCCGAGACCAUUGGUGCAGCCGUAGAGGAAACACUUAAGAAGUUUGGGAGAAUCGACAUCCUUAUUAACAAUGCUGCUGGUAACUUUCUCUGCCCAGCCACAUCUCUGUCCUUCAACGCAUUUAAAACUGUCAUGGAAAUUGACACCAUUGGGACAUUUAACACAAGCAAGGUGGUCUACGAGAAGUGGAUGAAGGACCAUGGAGGCUCCAUCGUGAACAUCUCUGCCACCCUUGGUUACAAAGGCCAGGCACUCCAGGUGCAUGCUGGGUCAGCCAAAGCUGCCAAUGAUGCCAUGACCCGACAUCUGGCUGUGGAAUGGGGCCCAAACAAAGUGCGGGUCAACAGUCUGGCACCUGGACCCAUUUCAGGAACAGAGGGAUAUCGCAGAUUGGGAGGUUUAAGGGCACAGAGCAGCGGUGUGUUCGAGACCAUCCCCCUACAGCGUGCUGGGAAUAAGACCGAGAUGGCUCAUGGUGUCCUUUUCCUGGCCAGUCGGGCUGCCUCUUACGUGACAGGCGCCUGUCUCGUGGCCGACGGUGGAAGCUGGCUCACUUCUGCAAACAAUCUGCCUGUCCUCCUGGGUAUAGCCUCUUCCCAAUCUGCUAAACUCUAAGUCCACUAACAUCCCAGAUCUUUGGGCAUCUGUACCGAAAAGAGACAAAUAGGACAUUUUAAAGUGGAAUCAUGCAAAAAUCCUGUACAAUCAUAUAUUUGUUACUAGAAAUCAAUAAUUGAUCAGUCAUAGAGGCACUGGUAUCCGAGAAGAGCAUUCCUGUCAAAUGCAGUAUGACUGUCACGAUGGUAGCUUUUGUUUCACUGAACCCAGCGCCCUAAUUGUUUAAAAUGCAUUAUUAAAACUCAGGUCUGUAUGCUAGUAAAAGUGGAUAAGCCUUUACUUUGCAUAGAGUCCUGUUUUCAAUUAC